CCCGAGGAGGCGGCACCUGUCGGACCCGCCAUCCCGCCGCCGCGCAUCAGCCGGAGCUGCGGCUAGAAACGAGUCCCACCGCGCAGAGUACCAGUUCUUCAGCCGCAGGACGGAGGCAGGUGCAGGCCUCAGCAAGGGGAACUCAGCGGCGUUGAUUUGUCUGACCUCGCUACGGUCACCUCACUGGCUGUCACCUCCACCAGCUACAGGGCUUCAGGACUCCCCCGCCUCGGGCCCCGCCCGGCCGCACCCAGGGCUGCGCGGCGUCACAGAGCGCAUGCGUGCCGCGGGGGAUGCCGGGAGCGCGCAGUGGCGGCAGCGGCAGCGACGGCAGUAACAGCGGCCGCUCCAGCGGGGACACCAGCGGGGCGGUGACCGUGUGGGAGGUGGUCUCACUCUUGGGGAAAUUGCUGGGGACCGUCGCCGCGCUGAAGGUGGUUCUAUACCUGCUCCGGGUGUGCUUCGCGAUGGCCUGGAAAUCCGGCGGCGCCAGCCACUCGGAGCUAAUCCACAACCUCCGCAAGAAUGGAAUCAUCAAGACAGAUAAAGUAUUUGAGGUGAUGCUGGCUACAGACCGCUCCCACUAUGCAAAAUCUAACCCUUACAUGGAUUCUCCACAGUCAAUAGGUUUCCAGGCAACAAUCAGCGCUCCUCACAUGCAUGCAUAUGCACUAGAGCUCCUGUUUGACCAGCUGCACGAAGGCGCUAAAGCCCUUGACGUAGGGUCUGGAAGUGGAAUCCUCACCGCGUGUUUUGCACGGAUGGUUGGACACAGUGGGAAAGUCAUUGGAAUUGAUCACAUUAAAGAACUAGUGGAUGACUCAAUAACUAAUGUCAAAAAGGAUGACCCCAUGCUCCUGUCCUCUGGGCGAGUACGGCUGGUUGUGGGCGAUGGAAGAAUGGGGUUUGCUGAAGAAGCCCCUUACGAUGCCAUUCACGUCGGAGCUGCAGCCCCAGUUGUGCCCCAGGCAUUAAUAGACCAGUUAAAGCCUGGUGGAAGAUUGAUAUUGCCAGUCGGUCCUGCAGGAGGAAACCAAAUGUUGGAGCAGUAUGACAAGCUACAAGAUGGCAGUGUCAAAAUGAAGCCUCUGAUGGGGGUGAUAUACGUGCCUUUAACAGAUAAAGAAAAGCAGUGGUCCAGGUGGAAGUGAUUUUCUCUUCUGCUCUUUCUUCCUCCACACAUUCAAGGGACGAGCUGUGAGAGCAACCUGAGCUUGGCCGUCUGUAACACUGCAGUGGAUUGCUCAUCUCGGUCCUCAAAGCAUUGAGAGCCAACAGCAUCACCGCUUGUUUUGGACUUUGUUACACUCUUAUUUUCAGCAUGAAAAUGUGUGGUUUUUGUAGGGUUUCCUAAUUCAAAACGGUGCAGAGCCAGACUGAUAGAGGAGGGCUGGAGAGUGUUAACUUUGUGUUGUUUAACAUGCCCACAUUUCACUUUACAAAUAUUAAAAGAAAGGGUUCUCUAACCGGAAAGCUUCGUUUGUGACUUAGUUUGGAAGAGUGGCUUUGCUUUUCUUGGACACUUACUUCUGUUCCAAUAUUAAUUUAUGAGAUUUCUUUUGUGUGUCAGAUAACACCACAUUCACAAGUUUAGCUUUCUUGGUAGCAAUGUCUGUUAAAUGCUACUAAGAAAAUAGAGAUGAGCUUUCUUCUUAAAGCCUUUGAUGUGGCGUCAUAGAAUAGCAUGUUAUAGAUACCAUCAGCUGCUGACACCUUAAAACUAGGUUUGUAAAUACUGAAACUUAAGACGAUGGCAGGUAGUGUCCCAAAAACACUCAGCUGUUCAGAUCGGACAUCUCUGAUGUAAUUUUCCUCUCUCUAAGGAUGAUAGGAGGCUUGUAGCUCAAUAUCGUUUUCCCAUUUCUAGUUUGCUGCUGGUAAUGUAUCUGCAUCUAACACUCUGUGUAAGCUGUUGUGUCUUUGCACAGUUUAUGCAGUGCUGCUUUGCCAAAUAAAAUAAAAAGCAAAAGAAGCAUUGGUGGCCUUUGAAUCUGGAAGAACACAGGUCUAGGUCCAGAUGCUGCCCACGGCCAUGGGGAAACGUUGUAUUCUGCUGCUGUGUCUUGUGAUAGCCUAGGAGGUAAAUCUGCGUAGCAUUUGUCCACUCUCUGUGGCUGCAUUUCUUCAGGAAUGGAGACUGUGUGUUCAUUGUUUCUCUCUGCCUUCCUAGCCCAGGGCUUGCUAUUUAAUAGCUCUGUAGUAAUGCUCAGUGAGUGAGGGGUGAGUGUGUAUCGGGGAAGAAUGGGUGAGCAUAAACAUACCGAAGUCCACGUCUCAUCUGUACAUAGAUUCAUUACCUUAAUAACUGUGAAUGUCUGGGAAGGCCAUGGCCCUUGGAGGAUCUUAUUUAAAUAUGCUUUUAUAUUUUCUAAGAAGACUUUAGUUUUUAUGAGGAUUCUAGAAUUUGAGAGAAGAUUAUAAGCCCCCAGUAAAUGGGGCUAAGCUAAGCGAAGCCUUCCCUCUGUGACAGGGCCCAUGGUUCUGACAAGAAAGUUCUUAGUGUCCGAGAAGCCCUUCCCCACUCUUCAUGUCAUACACACUUCACUGGACAAGUGUCUCUUCGUGGCUUAGGUCUCAGUCCCAGGAAACUAGCAUUACCGUGGUCCUGCAGACUUGAAAAUCUUACCCAGCUUUGGUUUGCUGCUGGUUGUUGCUUUGGAAUCCUGUCAGUGACCCCUGGAGUCCAGGAUGCAUGGUCAUUUGAAGUAUGUGUAAAGUCAAAUGUUCACUCAGGCUUUAACGCAAAUAAAUUCUUAAACUUA